ACCACAGACAGAACACUGACAAUUUAAAAAAUCUGUGAUCUGUGUCUGUCAUGUUGAAAAUAUAUUGUUCAAUUAAUUUGUUGUAAAAAUUAUGUGAAAACGUGUAAAUAGUUUCAACAAGCAUUUUCAAGAAUGGAUUGGGUAAUCUCUGAUGAGUUGUCGUUGACCGUUGGGCAUGUCGUUGGCUGGGUCAGCGCCGGAGCUAUGAUAAUUGGGGGUGUAAUUCCAUAUAUACCCCAAUACAGGCAAAUAAAGAGAACCAAAGAUGCUGAAGGUUUUUCCCUGCUAGUUUGUUUAGCCCUACUUAUAGCCAAUACUUUAAGGAUAAUGUUUUGGUUUGGAAAACAUUUUGAAUACCCACUUCUAAUUCAAAGUUUAAUAAUGAACGUUACUAUGUUCGCAAUGAUCCAUUUGUGUGUUAGAAUUCGAAACAAGAAUCAGCUGCAUCAGGCUAGGCAAAGGAUUUUUACAGCUAAUACCCAAGAAGUAAAGAGAUUAAAACUUCUCUCCGCAAAGCCUCGCCCUCCUCAACGUAUCUGUGAUUUCGAAGCGAAAAACUUCUGGAAUUGGUCGGAUUUUCAUUCGUACCUGGAUUGUAUGCUUGUGUUCACGAUACUCGCUUCGCUGCUGAUGUACAUAUUUAUAGAGUAUAAGAUUUUCGUCGAGCUGGUCGGAUUCAUGGCCGUGUUCACGGAGGCGCUGCUCGGCGUGCCCCAACUUAUCAAGAAUUACAGGAGCAAGUCCACAGAGGGCAUGAGCUUGACCAUGGUCGUGCUGUGGACCUGCGGUGAUAUCUUCAAGACUUUAUACUUCCUGCUCCGAUCCGCCCCUCUCCAGUUCUGGGUGUGCGGUUCGAUGCAGGUCGCCAUCGACCUGCUCAUCCUCCUCCAAGUCUACAUCUACAAGGGCAACCCGGACACCGCUCGACUCGGGCCGCACAGGAUAGACUGAGUGAUUAUCAUGUGGACUCACGACGAAUCCAAGCAGCACAAACCAAGCCAACCGGAAAUCACCGUCGUCAACGAGCUGGUCUCCGAGAAUAACAGCAUCAGCGGCAGCUGUGAUAACUUAGAGUUCGCUUUGGGUAACGGUAAGUGCCGAAACGAACAGGAAGACUUGAAAAGUACCAGCGGUACCGGUUCGGAGAAUAGUAAUAACAUAGUAGUUAGUGCGGAGGUGCAUAACGAGAGUUGUGUUAAUUUCGAGACAGGUGACAAUACUAACGACUGUGUAGUAGAGAACACGUAUAGAAAUGUUAACGGUGACUGUCAUGCGGGUGGUGAUAAGAAAGUACGGACUAGCAACGUUACUUAUAAGAAGAGCGCAAACGUUAGCAUGCUUAUACACAGGCAUACAUUAUGACGAAAGAUUCUAGUUGAUUCCUUUUAGUGCUUCCGUUUUUGGACGUUUUCAAGCCGUACAGCUUGCCAUGGGUAUAUGAUAGACUAAGGUUCUAGAUUAAAGGCAGUAGUGGUCAUUGAUACGUAGCCAAAACAACAAAACAUAUUUUUCUUGGUGAAUAAGUGAAAAUAGAUUUGUUACAACACUAGAUCAUAUAUACUUUUGUGGGUAAAGCUAAGUUAAUCCCUCUUAUUAUUUAACGAUAUUUUUCCUGCCUAGAGAAGCAAUGCUAUUUAACGUUCGGGUAUUUCCCAACUGUUAUUUAAAAAAAAGUUUGCAACAGGUGUUACUUCAAUAAACUAAUAAUAAUAUAAGAAAAUAACAGUCCACCUGCAGAUACCGCUGGCUAGAGUUAUUACUUCUAAAAAAUUACAGAUUAUAAAUAAAUGUUUAUUAUCAUCAACGGCUCGCGAUGUAAAAUUGGAUUUGUCAAACCACCAAAUUUUAGCAACUUUUUCUCAAUAUAACAGGUAUGAAAAUAACAGUACAGACAAGCUAUGACUGGCUCGCAACAGUUAUUAUUUCUAAAAAAUAAAUUUUGCCAACAUCAAAGGCUCGCGAUGUUGUAAUUCCAAAAAAUAUCAGGUAAGAAAAUAACAGUGGACAUACAGAUACCGCUCGCUGCAGUUAUUACUUCUAAAAAAUAACAGUUAUAUAAAUAAAAGUUUACUGACAUCAACGGUUCGCGAUGUGUAGCCGGUAUCUUGUUCUCACGUAAAAGUAACAGAAAUGAAAGUAACAGUGCGAAUAGAACGAUGGCAGGCUCGCCACAGUUGUUACUUAGAAAAACUAACAUAUAUAAUAGCACGCUGAAAUCUAUAGCUCACAAUGUAAAAUUGGAUUUGUCAAACAACCAAAUUUUAGCAAGCUCGCUGCUAACUGUUGUUUUUCCCGAUUUAACAGUUAUGAAAAUAACAGUGUGGACAAGCUAUGACUAGCUUCC